GUAUUAUCAACGUUAACAACAUGCGUGACAAAUACGACCUUUGAUACUUUUGUUUGUUGUCGUCUUGAACUUAACCUGAAGACUUUGUUGAUAAUGUUAUACAACUCUUUACCAAAAAAUAGGAAAGCUGAUUCGGGCUCAGAGGUGUGACUGCACGUGGGGAAGAAGUGGCUUGAAUCUCUGAGUCUGAAAACAGGGAGUUAGAGCCGGUAUUAAGUUGAACGAGAAGGUAAAAGUCAGACUACAGGUAGAUUUGAGAGUAUAAAUGCCUGAAUUGACUGAAUUAGAGAAACCAUCAACUUCGAAAGGAAAAAUGCAAGGUGAUGACUCUGCAGGAGGUUCUGGUACCGAGUCAGAUUCAGAGACAUCAGUCCCUGAACUUGAAGAGGCUGGUCCAAGUGGAGGAUCAACAGUUUUCUCUCCUGGAACAGGGUUGCCAAUUGACUUGGUCAGCAAAGCAAAACAAAGUCGUGGAGAGAAGAAGGCUCGAAAAAUAAUGUCCAAACUUGGGCUUAAGCAAGUGCAAGGUGUCAAUAGAGUUACAGUAAGAAAAUCGAAAAAUAUACUGUUCAUUAUAAACAAACCAGAUGUGUAUAAAAAUCCAGCAUCUGAUACAUACAUUGUUUUUGGUGAAGCAAAGAUAGAAGACCUGAGCCAGCAGGCACAAAUGGCAGCAGCAGAGAAAUUCAAAACAGCUGAAGUGUCUACUGCUGCAGAAGCAAGCACAAAUGCAAAAAUUGUUCCACCAAUUCAAGAAGAGAGUGAGGAGGAAGAAAUUGAUGACUCAGGUGUUGAAGAGAAAGAUGUUGAACUUGUUAUGUCUCAAGCAAAUGUCAGCAGAGGAAAAGCCAUAAAAGCAUUGAAAAAUAAUCGCAAUGAUAUUGUCAAUGCCAUUAUGGAACUGACAAUGUGAUAAUCAGGGUUUCUUGAUUCUGUGGUGUGUGUAAUUCGGAUGCACAGUAGCCUUUUAUCAUCAGGGUGUGUGGAGUCAAUGAUGUCACUGUGUACGUGGUCAUAUCUGUUUAAGAAGACACUUCUGUUGACUUUUACUCAUUAACUUCUAUGCUGAGUGGAACACACUAUGUGUUUUAAAUCAUUUUUGGGGGUCCCUUAUUCAGUGAGCAUUGAUUUUGAAGGAAAAAUAUACAAAUACUUUGGAUCCAUGAUACCUCUUAGUUCUAAUCAUAAUUUGGUCUUUAAAUACUUAAUGGUUGUGAAUCACAUUACAUGCAUUAAACUAUGCACACCCACCCCCAUGUGUUCUUUGCUCAUUUCUGAUUCUGCUUAUUUUAUCUGUGUUUAUGUUUUCGUUCCAUGUUGCAAGAUAUCUUACGUCAGAAAAAGAAAUAGUUAUUCUAUUUGAGUACAAUGUGUUCCACAGUUCUGUCAGGUGUACUGUAAUAGAAAGCCAUCUAUAAAUGUUUGUGUAGGUAACCAAACAAAGUUAUUACAGUGAAUCUUUGUACAUUGUGAAUCAGCUCUUGCCUUAGGACUCAAAAGCUAGGUGUGUGUGUGUGUGUAUGUGUGUGUGUGUGUGUGUGUGUGUGUGUGUGUGUGUGUGUUUUGUUUUCAGUACUUACGAUUUGAAGCCAGAAAUUGGCUACAUUGUUGUUUUUUCCUCUGUGCCACUUUGUACGUUUUAUGAAAUAAAAACUGUUAAUAUUUA